AUGUUUUCCAAGACUCAGAUUCUGGCCCUCGCUUUGGCCGUUGCCUCGGCCGAGGCCGCCUCCAAGGGCUUCAACUAUGGAGCCACCAAGCCUGACGGCAGCGUCAAGGCCCAGGCUGAUUUCCAGAAGGAAUUCCACACCGCAAAGAACCUCGAGACCACCUCGGGUUUCAACAGUGCCCGUCUUUACACCAUGAUCCAAGGAGGAUCUGCCAGCACCCCCAUCUCUGCCAUUCCUGCCGCCAUCGCCGAAGAAACAACACUGCUGCUGGGUCUCUGGGCGUCGGGCGGAAACAUGGCCAACGAGAUUGCCGCUCUCAAGGCUGCCAUCCAGCAGUACGGGGACGACUUCACCAAGCUCGUUGUCGGUAUCUCCGUUGGAAGCGAGGAUCUCUACCGCAACUCGGAGAUUGGCGUCCAGGCCCAUGCUGGCAUUGGUGUCGAGCCCGAGGAGCUCGUCUCGUACAUCAACCAGGUCCGCGAGGCCAUCUCCGGAACCUCGCUCAGCGAUGCGUCCAUCGGCCACGUCGAUACCUGGAACGCCUGGACCAACGGCUCCAACGCUGCCGUUAUCGAGGCCGUCGACUGGCUCGGUUUUGACGGAUACCCCUACUUCCAGAACACCAUGGCCAACUCCAUCUCCGACGCCAAGUCGCUCUUUGACGAGGCCGUCGGGAAGACCAAGGGCGUCGCCAACGGCAAGGAGGUCUGGAUCACCGAGACCGGCUGGCCCAUCAGCGGCGACCAGGAGAACCUGGCCACUGCCUCGGUUGAGAACGCCAAGAAGUUCUGGGACGAGGUUGGCUGCCCUCUGUUCGACAACGUCAACACCUGGUGGUACAUCCUCCAGGACGGCGAGGGCUCCUCCGUCCCUAACCCCAGCUUCGGUCUCGUCGGCAACACGCUAAGCACCAAGCCUCUGUUCGACCUCUCCUGCUCUGCUUCGCACUCCUCGUCCUCCGCCCGUGGCUCAUCCAGCUCGACCUCCACUUCCACCUCUUCCUCUCCCGAUUCCACCGGCUUCACAUCCAUCACCAGGACUGGAGUAGUUCUUCACCCGACCGGCAACGCUGGCGGCUCCGACCUUGGCUCGUCUGACUCGUUCCCCUCGUCCGGCUCUGGCCACUUCCCCAGCGGCGGCAGCAUCAGCGUGACCCCCACUCCUUCUGGCUCCGCUACCCCUACUCCCUCUAGCGGCACUGGCGCUGGCUCUGGCUCUGGCUCUGGUUCUGGUUCCGGAUCUGGUUCCGGAUCUGGUUCCGGAACUGGCUCUGGCACUGGCUCUGGCACUGGCACCUCGGACGAGUCCACCAGCACCACCUCUGCCAACCCUGCCGACUUCACCGGUGCUGGCACCCGUCUGUCUGGAUCCAUCUUCGGCGCUGCUAUCGCUGUCGCCGCUCUUGCGAUUGCUCUUUAA